CAGCCCUGAUGACAAUAACACUGCUCAGUUUUCAUUUUAAGCACACACACGUCUGGAAUUAAAUUCUAUUGCAUUGAAACAGUUGAAUUUAAGAUCGUCUGGAUGUUAAAGAAAUACAAGAGUCUUCCUUUGUGGAUUUUUUGGUUCCCUUCUUCCCCAGAGGGGUUACUGUAGGAUGAGCUGCUACUGGCGAAUGGCAUGCCUAUACAGUAGAUGGCAGUAUGAUCCAUCCAUCUUUGGUGUGCCACUUCCUUCAAGCCCUGAGCCAGAAGAAAACAGCAGCAAGCGGAGAGAUUCCUGGGAUUCUCGCUUGGCAUAUUUGACUCCCUUAUUAUCCGUCAAUGACAAUUGUUGUCAUAACAACCGAGGAUAAUGGCCAAUAAGAAGAAAGUAAUAGUAACAGGUUUUGAGCCUUUUGGAAAGCAUGCAGUGAACUCCAGCUGGGUGGCAGUACAGGAGCUGGAGCGUUUGGGCCUGGGUGAAGCAGUGGACCUUCAUGUCUGUGAGGUGCCUGUUGAAUACCAGGCUGUUCAGGGCCUGCUGCUGUCUCUGUGGAGAGAGCACCAGCCACAGCUGAUGGUCCACGUUGGUGUUUCUGGGUUGGCCACCACUGUCACCCUGGAGCAGUGUGGCCACAACAACGGUUACAAGCGCCUGGACAACUGCAGCUUCUGCCCAGCGUCCCAGUGCUGCAUGGACGGCGGGACCGACUGCAUACACUCGGUCCUGGACAUGGACGCGGUCUGCCAAAGGGUCAACGACUCCGGCCUCGGGGUCACUGUUUCUGUGUCUAAGGAUGCUGGGAGGUAUCUGUGUGACUACACCUACUACACCUCUCUGUACUUGGGGCGGGGUCACUCUGCCUUCAUCCAUGUGCCUCCACUUGGAAAACCCUACAGCAGCCAGGACCUGGGCAGAGCUCUUCAGGCCGCUAUACAAGAGAUGCUGAAGUUGCUGGAACUGGAUCCCAAACAAGACGCACGCUGUAAUCACAAACAGCAUCAACAGCAGCAUGAGCACUUCUGAGUCCACGUGCAGGGAGCGCUGACCAAAGAUAGUCAAAUGUUCGCUCCAGAAAUGGACGGCAUGUUGCUCACGUUUGUUGUCAAAUGCAGGAGACUGUGUCUGAAUUUGGGUGCUUUUAACGGUUUCAUCAUUCAUUCAGGUGUUUAGACCAUGUGUUCUAUCUCUACAAAUUUGAAGGAUUUGCAAAUUUUCCAACAGCAUCUGUUGAAUGCAAAUGUGGACUGACUCUUUGCAUGGAUGGGUUUGAGUGUUUGUGUGUGGGUGUAGCUAUAGUGUCUCUAUAGUUCUGCCUCUGAUAAGGAUAGGAAAAUAGAAACAUCAUGUCACGUUAGAGGAUACAGCCUGACAGUAGUGUUAACAAGGCAGUAUCUGAAACUACAAGUUAUAUAAGGAGAAACAUUUAAGGUUACACUAUUCACAUCCUUCCCCUCCCGCUCGUCCGUCCGUCCGCUCAGUAUUUGAGAUUUUCAUUUCAAUCCACGAUUUGUUAGUAUGGUUUAUGCUGCCAUUCCCUUGCUUUGUUUACUUGCACCAGAUAAUUACUUUGAAACGACAGGAACAUGAAGACAUUUACAGAUUUACACUUAUAAAAUUGUGUUGGUCUCAGGGAAUAUGUAAUAAAUUUGAUAUACUCAAUGUG